UCCGUGUCCUGAUGCGAUUUUAAGGCAAAGAGAGAGAGGUUUACGAAAACCGCAGCGAUCAGUUGGUGUCGGGAAGAGAGAGCCUUUUAAGACGAUGUCGUCUCGUCCUUUCGACGACGAUGGCUACAUAGGCUACGACCCUCGCCUCCCUUCCCAGCGAUUUGAGUCGUACUCAAAUUUCGACGCCGACUCGAUCAAGGACUCAGUCGCCGAUUCCCCUCCGAUGUUCAACAGUCAGUCAUACGAUACCGGAGAUGACGUGUUCGUAUCUCAUCCGAUGCCGGAAACACCUUCUCCACCGCCGAUCUACGGUAGCGGUAGCGGAUACUCUGCUUUUUCACCGGAGCAGAACGGGAAGGGAUUCAACGGAGAGUUUGGGUCGAUCUUGCCGCCGCCUGAAGAGAUGGAGCCGGAGGAAGGCUCUGCUUUGAGAGAGUGGCGCAGACUGAACGCGAUUAAAAUAAAGGAGAAGGAGAAGAAAGAGAAGGAGAUGUUGGAGCAAACAGUAAAGGAAGCAGACGAGUACAAAGUUGAAUUCUAUAGGAAGAGAAUUAUCGCUGUUGAAAAUAACAAAGCCUCCAACAGAGAGAAGGAGAAGCUAUUUUUGGAAAACCGGGAGAAGUUCCAUGCUGAAGCUGCAAAAAAUUACUGGAAGGCGAUUGCAGAACUCAUCCCCCAUGAGGUGCCAGCUAUAGAGAAGAGGGGAAAGAAGGAUAAAGAAAAGAAACCUUCCAUUGUUGUGAUCCAGGGACCAAAACCUGGGAAGCCAACUGAUCUCUCAAGGAUGCGACAGAUACUUGUGAAGCUAAAGCACAAUCCCCCUCCCCACAUGAAGCCCAAACCGCCAACAUCAGUAGAAGCCAAGAAAGAUGCUAAAACUGGUACUCCUACUGCCUCUGGUACCCCAGGUGCCGGUCCCAAUGCUCCUCCCCUUAAGAUGGCAGCUGCAACUACUCCAGAGACGGUUGCCGCUGCUCGAGAAUAAAACUGCUGAGUGCUAGAUCCUACUAUCCAUUUGACAAGUAAUUAGUGUGAUUAUAGUACGUUAAGGUUUGUAUAAUCCUUUGCUUUCUCUUUGAAGGUUCUUAUGGGCAUCUAAGGAAUUUUAUGUAGAAAAUUUGUGUGCACCAUACCAAGUUUGGUUGUCGGUGUGUGUUUUGUUUUGUCUUUAUGAACCAAACCUUUUGUUCUUUGGCAUAUAUAUAUCUUGUCUAGUUAUCUUC